GCUGCGGGCUCCGCGCGCAGUGUCCUCGGGGCCGCGCCGCGCGGCGAUCGGGCUCCCUGCUGUCGCGCCCUGUCUUGGGCUCCUGCCGCUGGGGCCCCGCCGGCUGUCCCCGCGGGGGACGGGGAGGAAGGCCGCGGAGGGGGUGCUGAGGGACCCGGGUCUUUGCGCAGCGGGUGCGCGUCCCCCGCUCCCAGCGGCGCAGCCUGUGGUCCUGCCGCGCGCGCCGGUGCCUGCGCGCCGGGUGGAGCCCGCGGUCCAUCUCCGUCCUCUCCGGCCGGUUCGAAGGCUCUGCGGCUCCAGCACUUCGCGGUGGGGGCGUGGGGGGCCGGUGGGGCGCUCUCGGGGACUUGGGACUGACUCACCUGGAGUCCCCGGCUGCGCUGCGAUUGCACUCGGAAACUUGGCGGCGCGUUUCGGUCUUUGUCUCCCCGGGGGGAGCUGGACGGCACUUCGGCCAGCCCCGUCCCCGGGCAGGACCGCGUCCCGGGGGCCAUGGAGUUCACGGCGUCGCCCAAGCCCCAGCUCUCCUCCCGGGCCAACGCCUUCUCCAUCGCGGCGCUCAUGUCCAGCGGCGGCUCCAAGGAGAAGGAGGCCACGGAAAACACCAUCAAACCCCUGGAACAAUUUGUGGAGAAGUCAUCCUGCGCCCAGCCCCUGGGCGAACUCACCAGCCUGGAUGCUCACGGGGAGUUUGGCGGCAGCGGAGGCGGCGGCAGCCCGGCGUCCUCCUCGCUCUGCACCGAGCCGCUGAUCCCCACCACCCCCAUCAUCCCCAGCGAGGAAAUGGCUAAAAUCGCCUGCAGCCUGGAGACCAAGGAGCUCUGGGACAAAUUCCACGAGCUGGGCACAGAGAUGAUCAUCACCAAGUCUGGCAGGAGGAUGUUCCCUACUAUCCGCGUGUCGUUUUCCGGCGUGGAUCCUGAGGCCAAGUACAUAGUCCUGAUGGACAUCGUGCCCGUGGACAACAAGAGGUACCGCUACGCCUACCACCGCUCCUCCUGGCUGGUGGCAGGCAAGGCGGACCCACCGCUGCCGGCCAGGCUGUAUGUCCACCCAGACUCCCCUUUUACUGGUGAGCAGCUACUCAAACAGAUGGUGUCCUUUGAAAAGGUGAAGCUCACCAACAAUGAACUGGAUCAACAUGGCCAUAUCAUUUUGAACUCGAUGCAUAAGUACCAGCCUCGGGUGCACAUCAUUAAGAAGAAGGACCACACGGCCUCGCUGCUCAAUCUGAAAUCUGAAGAAUUCAGGACGUUCAUCUUCCCAGAGACAGUUUUUACGGCAGUCACUGCCUACCAGAAUCAACUGAUAACCAAGCUGAAAAUAGACAGCAACCCCUUCGCCAAAGGAUUUCGGGACUCCUCCAGGCUCACUGACAUUGAGAGGGAGAGCGUGGAGAGCCUCAUUCAGAAGCAUUCCUACGCCCGCUCCCCCAUCCGCACCUACGGAGAAGAGGACGUGCUGGGGGACGAGGUGCAGACGGCACAGACCCGAGGGUCAGCCUUUACCACAUCCGACAACUUGUCUCUCAGCUCCUGGGUGUCCUCUUCGUCCAGUUUCCCUGGAUUUCAGCACCCACAGUCCCUGACUGCUCUGGGCACCAGCACAGCGUCCAUAGCAACGCCCAUUCCUCACCCCAUCCAGGGCUCUCUGCCGCCAUACAGCCGCCUGGGGAUGCCUCUGACCCCCUCGGCCCUCGCCAGCUCCAUGCAGGGGAGUGGCCCCACCUUCCCCUCCUUCCACAUGCCCCGGUACCACCACUACUUCCAGCAGGGCCCCUACGCCGCCAUCCAGGGACUGCGCCACUCCUCCGCCGUGAUGACGCCUUUCGUAUGACUCUUCUGAGAGCAGGAGAAUCCCAACCCAGAAUGUGCCAGUGGGUUAAAAGGAUCUUCAUCGAGGCCAGCAUCCGGCCAGCAUGCAGAACGACCGAGGGGCGGUGCCUCCCUGUAGGAACUGGGCACAGAGGGAAGCGGUGUUGGUGCUGGAGCAGAGGCAUGCGUGGCUUUGCUUUGUGUCCGCUCGCUGGGGAAGGCGCCGCCAUCAGCUGACGCAUCCUGUUGUGUGAACAGUUGGCAGUGACUUUGCACUGUUCUCUUUGUGAUAACGAAGGGCCAGGGCCUGGCGGGCGCUCUCUCACCAUCUUGUCUUCUUGCUUCCUCAUUCCUUCCUUGCAAAUCCUUGCCAUGUAGGUAGGACAGCUCUUUUGUACACAGUUUUGAAGCUAGAGGCUCUGUGUGCGACAUUGUCAGGCUGGGGGCUUGUUUUUUACUACUGAUUUACUCACUGGGCGUGUUCUCCAGCGGCUCCAGGAGGACACGGAGCCCUGUCCCCUGCAGCGGCAAUGAAGAGCCGGUGGCCCUGUUCCGGAAGGUUCUCCUGUAGGCCCCUUCGUCUGUACUUCAGCUUUGGGAGGCCCUGAGGAUGUUAACAGGCACCGGCCCAUGUUCUCAUGUGAGGUGGGUGGAUCUGCUCUGUGGCUGGGUCAGCUGCCACAGCGGACGGAAGGGAAUUGCGAGUGGCCGUUCUGAGCGCCUGUGUAGCCGCCAGUGUAGGCAUCUAAGCUCACACGGAGUUAGGUGUCCACCUAGCGGAUCUGUCCUGUUCCUCACUGCUACGUCCUGUGACUCCCUUUCCAUGUUUCUAGCCUGUCCUAUGAAAUGACAUGUUGCUCAAUGACUCCCUGACAGAAACACUGCUUCUGAGUACAUCUAAACACGUAUCCACUUUAUUUCCAGCUCUCGCUGUCUCCUUAUCCCUCCUCUGAUGUGGUGUAGUAACUCAUUAUAUUUUAGUUGUAUAUAAUCUCUACUAUUUUGAGGCAACAUAGAUCCAAAUAGUAUUUAUGGUCAGGGUAGUACCGUUGGUAUUUUGCAACAGUUCGUGACCCUAAUAGCAGGCAUUUAACGAGGUUCAUAGACCAUCAGCUUUAGAUACAAUGCAGUUAAGCUGCAGGAGACACCCAGCCUCCUUCACCAAGCUCCCCCAAACGCCAUUUUAAUUGAAUUUGAAUUUUCUCCGUAAUCAUUUUACUCGGUCUGACUGCAAAAGUACUGAAUCUGUUCGAAGAGAUGGGCACUGUUGCUGUGGAGAGCAGAGGUGUAUUUCAGAGCAAAUGCAAUACACUAUCGCAUCCGACACCCCUGGGAUUUUAUUGGGUUGUUUUCACGUUAGGCUUCGCCACAUCAGACACUUUUCUCGGGCACUUGUGGCUUAUGAAACAAGGCAAGAUGGCACAGCCUGUGUAUGGGAUGCUGUCGCUGGACUUUGCAACGGCCGUUCUCUGCUGUAGCCUGAAUUUGCAGAUAGAGAAGCAUGGGCUGAGGCUGCCCAGCAUCUGGGUCCUGUGGCCGACACCGUAGGCCGAUUUAUAGCUUCUGGCAUGUUAUGCUAUAGUAUACACAGGUAGUUUCUUUCUUUUUUAUUUUUUUUGAAGCACAGCACAGUGUGUGUUUCUUUUAGAAAGCAGUUACGAGUAAUGUUUAAAUAGCCAUAGAGCUUAGGAUAGGGAUUUGAUGUUUAAUCGUUGGCCUGUUGCCAGGGGCUCCUUUCAAGACAGUGGCUGCUUCAAGCAGCAACCACAGAAGUAGAUGCUAUUUAACAUGAUGCGACUCAAGACCCUGGUAAAUUACUGGUCUACUAGAGUGAAUCGUACCUGAACUUUCGUUUCAGUGAGACAAAAGGACCAUUUUAAUACAAUUUUGAUAUUUUUCCCAAUCAGUGUGUCUCAGAGGAGGGUGUGUGUUUUGGUUAAAUAUGGGUUUAAACCAGUAUUUCCUGACUUCAUAACUUUACUUUGUAAUCAAGCAAUAAGACUUCACAAUAAUAGAGUGCUUCGAGAGAAGACUAAGACAGCAAAGCAUGCUAUUGGAAAGUCACGUCUGGAAUUUUCAGGGGGAUGUGUUAGUAUUUGGUUUUGUUUGAACCAGAAAAACAAAGCACAAGGACAUGGAGCUCCACCCGUCAGUCACUGUCGCCAUGGGAACCAAGGGUAGGAGUGUACCCCAUCCGAGUCCUGUGAGCUUUUCAGGUUGUUGAUCUUACGUAACUCCUUGGGUAUUCAAGAUUUAAAACUGUUAAGUGUGUCUUACCAAAAGUAAUUACAAGAACUUGGGAAUAAGGGAAUACCAACGGAAUAAGAAAGAGCAUGAGUUAUUUGGCAUGACUUCAAGGUUUCCCCUCAGGUAUCAAAAGUAUGGCUAAUGUGCAGAGCUGCUAGAAAGAGGCCCAGCCACAACUGCUGUAUUGAGCCCAAAGAAAUGAAUUCAUAGCUUAGUGGGGCCUGCAUCUGUGAUUUGUUUGAAAAGCAUUUAUCAAUAAUCCUAAGUUCUGUUAUUUAUCCUACAGAGUAAAUCCUCCCCCUCCUCUGCCCACCCUUAGCAGUAUAAAGACAGACAUUCAGACUGUGUCUAACACAUCCCAAAUCAUUGGGCUACAAGGUCUGCAGUAAUGAAUUUAUAUUGCAUUGCUGGUCCUUCUGAGUUUACAGCAAUGGUACGUUGUCCGGAAGGUGGACCACCAUUCCUGGUGGGUGGGCACACAGGAGGAGCGAUACAAAGCUUCCUGAUGACUCACCAUCUAGCAAAACCCCGCUGUAGGGCUCGAUAUGGGAGUCACACUGAUUUGGGGGGCAUCCCAGGGUCUCCCCUCCCCCACCCUUAUCCACAUCUCUAUCGUUGCACAACAUCCCAACCCCGCCCCCCAAAGAAAAAGGAAAUCCUGUAAAAGCCCAAGAAAUGAGUAUUCUUAGGUAAAGCAUCCUCACCCCAUCCUGCCUCUGAGUUUUUCAGGAAGAUGUUAGGGUAGUUAUCCCCAUUCUGAAGUUCUCACUCGCCUUUCAGGCUGUCCUGCUUGUAUUUAAGCCGAAUUAUAUGGAGAAAAUAGGGCUCCAGUAUAGUGGAUGGAGUGCCCUCACCACCCCAUUAGUGAGGCAGUCAAGCUUCGCCGUGACUCAGUAACUCAAGUGCAAAACUUCGGCUAUGCAAUGUGCAGGGUCACAUGUAAGAAAAACACUCUUUUUACCCAGUCUUCCAUUCACUAGGUAAGGAAAACCGUUUUCAUUAUUAAACAUGUAUGCACUUGAUAAUUAUCACCAGGAUAACAAUAUUAUAUCCUAAAUCUAUAAACUUUUUAAAAAUAUAUUUUUAUUGAUUUCAGAGAGGAAGGGAGAGGGAUAGAGAAAUAGAAACAUCAGUGACGGAGAGUCAUUGAUUAGCUGUCU